AUGGGCAAAAUACAAGGAGCUACUCUUCUUUACUCAGUUGCAUGCUUUGCUUCGCUGGGACAAUUUCUUUUUGGAUAUGAUCAGGGAGUCAUGUCUGGAAUCUUGGUCAAUGAAAGCUGGCUCGCAAUAUUUAACCAGCCAAAUGCGACAAUGCAAGGCCUAGUGGUAGCCAUCUUUGAACUCGGUGCUUGGUUUACUGCCUACCCCGCAAGUUGGGUGAUGGAUACAUACGGCCGUAAAUGGACAAUUAUGGUCGGAUCGUUGAUUUUCAUUGUCGGUGGUGUUCUCCAGACAGCAGCUAGUAAAAUGGUGGAGUUAAUGUUUGGUCGACUGAUUGCUGGCUUUGGUAUCGGUUUUCUCAGUACUGUCCUACCUGUUUACACUGCUGAACUCAGUCGUGCCCAUAAUAGAGGUCGUGUCACCGUCUUGGGCAUGUCUGUGAACAUGUUCGGUUAUAUGUCAUCAGCCUUUAUCGAUUACGGUUUUUCCUUUCUUCAAAGCGAAUGGUCUUUCCGUGGCCCACUUCUCCUACAAUGUGUGUUUGCAGUCAUCCUCGCUGCUGGCUGUCUGGCUCUCCCUGAGUCUCCUCGCUUCUUGGUUACCAAGGAAAAAAACGACGCUGCCCUGCAAGUUCUGGCAAAUCUCCAUGGAAAGCCUAUGACUGACCCAACCGUUUGCAGAGAACAUAACGAUAUCAUUGAGGCUGUUACUUAUGAACGCACUCUUGGAGAGGCUAGCUGGCUGGAAAUGCUCACUGUUCAUAAACGCCGUUCUUUUAUAGCUAUUGCUGUUCAAGCCUUUGGCCAACUUCAGGGCAUCAACAUUGUCACUUACUAUGCACCAAAAAUGUACGAAACUGUCCUAGGAAAGGGAAACAUUACUAUUCUCUUUGCUGGUUUUACGGCCCUUGUUUAUUUUGUUGGUGCACUUGUUGCUGCUGUUCUGGUUGACAAAGCCGGUCGUCGUCCUUUGUUUAUGGGAGGAAGUCUGACUAUGAUUGUCUGGCUGAUCCUGAUGGCUGUAUUCAACAAGGUCUCCCUUGGUCUCACAUCUGCUAUCCUUGUGAUUGUAUUCACUAUGAUUUAUGUGUUUACUUUUGGCGUAACUUGGGCAUGUCUUGACUGGCUCUACCCUGCCGAAAUCUUUCCUAUGCGCACAAGAGCCAAGGGUAUGUCUCUUGCUGUUUCAUCAAACUGGUUGUGUAAUUUUGCGGUUGGUCUUUGGACCCCUCCUCUUCUUGAGAAGAUUGGUUGGGCCACUUAUCUCUUUUACGCUGCCUGGUGUUUAGUUGCUUUGGUAGUCGUCUACUUUACUUUUGUUGAGACAAAGGGCAAGUCCUUGGAAGAAAUCGACGAGAUAUUUGGUUGUGGAAAACCUUUAGAUUCAACCUCUUUUUCCAGCUUUGAUCGUUCCAAUGAUUCUAUGGAUCAAAAAACAAAGAACGAAAAGCAUGCCAAUUAA